CAUCAAAGACUCUGUCAUUUUUAUGUUUUCUCUAUACUGCUCGUGCUGUUGAUCCUCCAUUCACAUGGUUCUUGAUUACAUAUUGACUAUUGUUCUGAAUGUACUUUGACCUCGAUAGCUCAGAAGGUGCGGUUCUUUUAUUCGUUCAGGAGUUGAGAUUAAUUUGCUAUCUAUGAUUAAAAGGGGUUUUAAAAAGUUUUGUUCCAGAAUGAUAAUCUCUAAUCCCUGCAGGUACUUUGGGGCAUCCAAGAGGGGAUGAAAUAUUUUAUACCUCAAUGCUUCCAUAUCCAUUCAUGAUUAUCGUAUGUUGUUGUUACACAAUAUUGUUAUUGCACAUAACACUUAAUAAAUAGCUUUGUGUAGUGAUCAAGAGAAAGAGCAAAAGUUUCAAAGCUUGUUGAAAUAGGAAUCAUACAAGUUGAGCUGCUCGUUGAGUCAAAAAUCAACUCGAGCUCAAUCACUCCAAUAUUCUUUUCUGGCUCAUUCAUGUUAAAACUCAAUCUGGCUCAACUUGUUUGCACCCCUAAUUUAAGGAGAGCAUUUACCAAUUGUUGAGUUCCAAAUGUUGAACAAGUUUUGUGAUUCACAGUCAGGUUCUAGACAGUUUUACUUGUCUCGAUUACCAUUUAUUCGUUUUUUUAUCUUUCUAUAUUUCGACUACUCCCAAAUCCCAUCUAGAUUUCCUAGUUCUAAAAUGCCUUCACUUUAUGAACUUUAGGCCCCCAUGAAGCAUAUGGUGUGAUAAGAUAAAGCUGCUCAGCAGCCCCUCUUCUUGGAAGACAUCAUUCAUGUGAAUUGAACCUACCUUCAUUACUGCAUUCACAUCCUUCUUGCUCUUCCAACAACCUUCCCAAUAAAAGCUAGACUUUUCAAGAUUAUCCGAUUCCAAUCCCUUUAUAAUCCCCCGUUAUCUCUGCAUGCUUAUAACCUCGAAACUUUUCACUUAUUUUCUUGAACCUAUGGCACAAGGAUAUUAUUAUUAUGUUUUGAUGUUUAUCCUAUCCCCAUGUUUGUUCAUGCUUGCCUGCUCAGGGUCGCCCGUGGAAGAUGCUUGCAGCGUGACACGGUACCAGGAUCUCUGCAUCCGGUCGUUGGCAUCAUUCUCAGGCGUGGCGAAACACAGCCCGGGUAGAUGGGCCCGGGCAGGGGUGUCGGUCACCAUUGCAGAGUCGAAGAGAGUUGGUCGGUACUUGGCGGGCUUGAAGAAAAGCCGAAAGGGCGGCCUCAACAAGGUGGCCCUGUCGGAUUGUAUCGACUGUUUUGAGGACAGUUUGGACAAUCUCCAUAGAUCACUGUAUGUUCUUAGGAAGCUUAGUGUUAGAGAAUUUGUUUCUGAAAUAGAGGACGUGACCACUUGGAUCAGUGCUGCACUCACUGACUCGGAUACUUGCGCCGACGGCUUUGCUGAAGGAAAGCGUGUUGGGUUUAUUAUAAAUCGUGUUUCUAAUGUCACGUUUUUGACUAGUAACGCUUUAGCGCUUGUCAAUAGGCUCGGGACCGCAGGUCCCGACUGUCUGACCAAUGGGAAUUGUUAGCGAAGGAAAUCUUUUUGAUCGGUUUCUUUAAUCAAAUUUUCAAAUUUUACUA